UUCCAGCCGCACAUCAAGUAGCUGUCUUAUUCAAUAACUGCCAAUGGUGGACGGCCCCAAGACCAAGCGCAAGAUCUCGUGGCAGGAGGUCAAGCAGCACGCGUCGUACGACAAUGCGUGGAUUGUCAUCCACCACAAGGUCUACGACAUCAGCAAAUGGGACGCCCACCCGGGCGGCAUGGUCAUGCUCUCCCAGGCGGGUGAAGAUGCCACGGAUAUCUUCACUGUGUGCCACCCGACGAGCUCCUGGAAGCAGCUAGAGCAGUUCUACAUCGGCGACGUGGAUGAGAGCACGGCGACGGUCAACGAGGACCUCUCGGAGGAGGAGAAGGCUAAGAAAGCCAAGACCGACGAGUUUAUCAGCGCGUACCGUCGUCUACGUAUCAAGAUUAAGGGCAUGGGCCUCUAUGACGCCAGUAUGGUCUUCUACGCGUGGAAAAUCCUCAGCACGUUCGGUCUCUGGAUGGCUUCUGCUGCUAUCUGCUGGCACUUUGACAGUUGGCCCAUGUACAUGCUCGCAGCGUGUGUCAUGGGUCUCUUCUGGCAGCAAUCCGGCUGGCUGGCACACGACGUGCUGCACCAUCAAGUGUGGGACAACCACAUGAUUGGCAACGUCAUGGGGCGUCAUUAUCGUGUGAAGAACAAGCACAACUUCCACCACGCCGUGCCCAACAUUAUUGGGGACGAAAAAACAAAGUAUUUGGGUGACCCGGACAUCGAUACCAUGCCAUUGUUGGCUUGGAGCAAGCACAUGGCGUCGAAAGCCUACGAGUCGAGCUGGGGUCCGUUCUUUGUGGGCCACCAGGCUGUCAUCUACUUUCCGUUGCUACUCUUCGCUCGCUUCAGCUGGCUGUUGCAGAGUUACUACUACGUCUUCAAAGGCUUCGCGUUCGGUAAAUACGACCCCGUGGAUCUUCCGAAUGGCGAGAAAGUCGGCCUCAUGUUGCACUACAUUUGGAACGUUAUGUUGCCCGUUGUCACGGGCAUGUCGGUGGCUCAGGGUCUGGCCUUCUUUAUGCUCGCGCAAAUGUCGUGUGGCGGCUUCCUGGCUGCUGUCUUUAGUGUGGGCCACAACGGUAUGUCGGUGUAUGAGCGUGAAGACAAGCCCGACUUCUGGCAGUUGCAGGUCACCACUACGCGCAACAUUACGCCGGGCUUCUUCAUGGACUGGUUCUGUGGCGGUCUCAACUAUCAGAUCGAGCACCAUCUGUUCCCUAUGAUGCCGCGUCACAACCUGCAAAAGGUUAACCCACUGGUCAAGUCGCUGUGCAAGCAGUAUGACGUGCGUUUCCACGAGACGGGAUUCUACCGCGGUCUCGUUGAGGUUGUGGACGAGCUGGCCGACAUCAGCAAGGAAUUCCUGCUCGAGUUUCCCGCCAUGUAACGUGGAUC